AUGAGUUUUUGGCAACAAUUGGAGGUGGCAUCUGCCCCUAUUAUUCAAGUCCUACUUAUAAGUGCAGUAGGAGCUUAUAUGGCAACUGAUUAUGGUAAUAAUCUUCUUUCACCGGAUUUUCGAAAAUCCUUGAACAGGAUUGUGUUCACUGCAUUCACUCCUUCCCUUAUAUUUGCAAGUUUUGCAAAGAGUGUUUCUCUUGAUGAUAUGAUAUCAUGGUGGUUUAUGCCAGUUAAUAUUGGACUCACCUUCUUGAUUGGAGGGUUUCUUGGAUGGAUAAUUGUUAAGUUACUAAAACCAAACAUGAAAGUGGAAGGUCUUAUUAUUGCUUCAUGUUCAUCAGGAAAUAUGGGGAACCUUCCAGUUGUAAUCAUCCCUGCAAUCUGUGAUCAGAAAACUACUCCAUUUGGUACACACAAUGAUUGUCGCACUAGAGCGCUCUCUUACUCGUUUUUCUCUUUGGCGGUUGGUGGUAUUUACAUUUGGACCUUCACUUACCAACUGAUUCGACAAACUUCGAUGAAAUAUAAGGCAUUUCAGGCUGAGGCGGCGCUCUUAAAAAUUCCCAACACAGCCAUUGAUACUAAUGCAGAAACUCAACUUCUUAAGGGAAAUGACAAUGCUAGAGACACUGAGAGCCAAACUGUUGUAGUCCAACCAAAUAGUAGAACUUGUAUGGAAACUUCAAGACGAAUUCUGGAUGAACUAUUGUCACCUCCAACAAUUGCUACUAAAUUUCAUUCCCUAUUUCAUUAUCAGUUUUUAGGCUUCAUGUUUGGUGGAGUUAAAUCUCUAAGGAACCUAUUAAUUGGACAAGAUGCUCCACUGAAAGUGAUUCAAGAUUCCAUUCAGUUGCUAGGGGAUGGGACAAUUCCUUGCAUCACUAUUUUACUUGGUGGCAUGCGAUCAUCAAGUAUCAAACCAUUGGUCCUCAUCAGUAUCAUCAUUGCUAGACUUUUCUUACUACCUGCUAUUGGAUUUUUUGUUGUCAAAGCAGCUGCAAAUUUAGGCUUCCUUCCAUUGGACCCAUUGUUUCAAUAUGUGUUGGUAAUUCAGUAUGCCCUGCCACCAGCAAUGAAUAUUAGUACCAUGGCUCAGCUGUUUGAUGUUGGCACAGAAGAGUUUUCAGUUAUCCUUUUGUGGACAUAUGGUGCUGCAGCUAUAGCACUCACUCUUUGGUCAACAUUCCUUCUAUGGUCAUUAUCUUAAUUAAGAUGGUUUUAUCUUCUCAAUCAUCAAUAAGGAAUCCAAACAAAUG